GGCCAAUCAUAUGAUUUCUUUACCAACACAAACUUCCGAAGUCUUAACAAAAUCAUAGCCUUGCUGGAUGGUGUGUUUUAUCACGAUAAAUACACAAUUAAGUUAGUGUUGGCGUUAGUUAAUAUGUUAAAACGAACGAGUGUGUCACAGUUGAGUUUUCGGACAGGUUGGCAGUUGCAAACUUAGGGGAGAAGAAAGUGAAAGUGUAACGUUAAACAAGCUAGCAGUCGUUGUUUACUGCCGUGUAGUCCUGACGCCAACGCCUCGACUCUGGGUUCUAGCACAAGCUAAUGAGCGGUAGGACGACGGCGUUUCUGCUUAGUUAUGUUUCAGCUUGGCUUAUUUUCUGAAAGAGUGAUGCGCUAGUACACACGAAGAUGGAGGUGGCCGUCAAAGGGAAGGCCAAGAGGAGGCACCUGAGUGCAAACGAGCUGGAACAAAGUGCAGAGGGGACUAAUGCCCUUACCCAGCCCCAUGUCCUUAACCAGGCGCAUGGCCACCGCGAUCCCAACAGGGGGCUUUACCCAAGGACACCCACCAAGCGACAGAAGUGCGCAUCUGCCUCAGGAAGUCCUGCUGGAAUACAGAGGGGUAUCAACGAUUACUUCUCUGUGACAAGAGUCAUCCACUCCAGUCCGAACAAAUCCCCCAAGCCCUGCUCCUCCACAUGCACAAAUGGACUAAUGGAGGAUGAUGAGGAUGACGAUGACGACGAUGUCAGCUUGUUAGCUGCCCCAUUGCUGCCAGAGUCUCAGGCAAAGGAGGUGGAUGAGAUGGACGAUGCAAGCUUGUUAGCUGCUGCAAUGGUGACAGAGCCUCGGGAGGAGGAGGAGAUUGACGAUGCCAGUCUUUUAGCUGCUGCAGUGGUGCCAGAAGAGGAGGAGGAGGAGGAGGAGGAGGAAGAGGAAGAAGAGGUGGAUUAUCUGGAAGGAAUGACAGCAGAGAUGUUUGGAGUUGAUGAUGAAUUUAAUCUAUGUGACAGUGACAUUCACAAUGAGGAAGAGGAGGUGGAGGCCCUCCCUGAUGCCCACUAUGGGCUCCUAGGCAGCAGCAAAGUCCUGCAGCAGCCCCAGGGCUGCAUAGAUGACCUUCCAGAGGAGGUGCUGAGGGAGGUGCUAUGCCUCCUCCCUGCACAGGACCUCUACCGCAGUGUCUGCCUCGUCUGCCAUCGCUGGAGGAACAUUGUCCAGGACACCAAGUUUGUGCCCUUUAAGAAACAGUACUACCGCUACAUGAUGAGAGAGAAGAAUACAAUGCAAGAGAUCUUAUCCAUCCUGAUGAACAGCGGCAUAACAAAUCAAGCAAUGCGACAACACAGCAUACGACACCUUGUUGUUUUAAUGGCUCAGCAUAAGGUAGGAGAGCGGGUGAAUCCGGAGGACGUUCUGAGGCGUGUUAAGAAACAUCGCCUUUUUCCUCAGGCUGAGGCUUCCAUGAGAUUACGUAUUCCUGAUAUUCAGAAAUGCUUUAACCUUGGCAUUGAGGGUCCAAACCCAUACGCAGCCAUGGCUGUGAUACUGAUCCUAAGUGAGAAUGUUGGUGAUGUGCAGGCCUUGGUGUCUCUGCUCACUGGCUGCAUGUCAAACACCGCCAUCACAGAGUACCUCAGCCGCAUGGCCAUGAUGUUACUUUCUUUAACGAGGAAUAGCAUCCAGAUAAGUGACAGGUUGCAUUACAACAUCUACUACGUACUUCACCUGAUGGAGAACGGUCCCUUUUCUGUUAGCUCUAGUCAGAGCAGGCGGCCUCAGAUUCAGCUCACCAGUGAACAGCAGCGGGUCCUCAGCCAUGACAUCCAGGAAGACCAUGUGGUCAAGAUCAUAGCUUUUGCAGGUACAGGAAAGACGACCACAUUGGUGAAGUAUGCUGAGCAUCGGCCACACCUCCGCUUCUUGUAUGUGGCCUUCAAUAAGUCAGUGGCUUGUGAGGCACAGCGCCGCUUCCCCAGGAACGUGGACUGCAAGACUGUCCACUCGUUGGCCUACAGGGACAUUGGACUGAAGUAUCAUUUUCGUCGGAAGCUGACCUGGAACCUGAAGCCAUUUACCAUCAGCUCUGUUCUGCCUGAAGGCCGAGGUGGCUUUGUCAAAGCCAAAGUAGUAAUCACAACUCUCAACGCCUUCAUGGCUUCAACAGAUGAGCACAUCACCAUCGAACAUGUCCCUUUUGCCCACGUAACUAAAACUGGCAAUAGGAUGGGCAUAAACAUUGCUGAAAGACCGUUGUUUGUCCAGGAUGCGCAGAUGAUCUGGAACAAAAUGAAGGAUCUCAAUGAGACAAAAAUAGAAGCCUAUCACAUGACUCAUGAUGGUUACCUUAAGUUAUGGCAGCUCCAAGAACCAAGGCCCUGCCUGUCUGACAAAUACGAUGUCAUUUUCAUCGAUGAGUCCCAGGACUGCACUCCAGCCAUCAUGGAUGUGCUGCUGUCUCAGCGGUGUGCUAAAAUCCUGGUUGGAGAUCCUCACCAGCAGAUCUACACCUUCAAAGGAGCUGUCAAUGCCCUGAAUGUUGUUGACCACACACACAUCUACUACCUGACACAGAGCUUUCGGUUUGGUGCUGAGAUCGCUUAUGUGGGUGCCACCAUCCUAAAAGUGUGCAAGAAAGUUGAGAAGAUUCUUGUAGGAGGAAAGCAGAAGGGGGGUGUAUGUGACGAGACUGCAGUCAAAGUUGCAGAGGCUAUGGAGACCGGUGUGAGUCACAACCGGGGGAAGAUAGCCAUCUUGUCGAGAUCUAAUCUCAGUGUGUUCAGUGUAGCUGUACAGCUGACGGAUGCCAACCCACAGUGCCGGAUCCACUUCAUAGGAAAUGUCAAAAAUAUCGGCCUGGAUAAAAUCCUGGACAUCUGGCAUCUGAUGAAGGGCCAAGAGCCAGACCAUCAACCAAGAUUCAUCAAGGAUCCCCUCAUUCGCUCCUUCGCAAAGAGAAGUCAAACUGCCUUCUUAGCCCUGAGGACGUACAUCGAGCAGACGGAGGACUUGGAGCUUGGGGCCAAACUCAACAUCGUUGAAAAAUAUAGAUGUCGUAUCCCCUACCUGGUGAAGCGCCUGGAAAGCUGCUUUGAAGAUAACAUUCAUAAAGCAGACUUCAUCGUUGGAACAGUGCACAAGUCUAAAGGACUUGAGUUUGACACUGUGAUGGUCACCGAUGACUUUGUCAGCGUCCCCUGCUCCAGGUACAAUCUACGCUACAACCCCCACUUCUCAUUUGAUGCAGUUCCUGAUGAUGAAUGGAACCUGCUGUAUGUUGCAGUGACUCGUGCCAAGACCUCACUAAUCAUCACUAACAACAUCCGCCGCAUCCUCACAAUGGCUGGGGAAUACUUCUUGAAGUCGGAGAUGCCUGAUACCCUAAUGAAGAAAGGCGAGCCUCUCCCAUGCUCUGUCGCAAACUGUCCCAACUGCAUCACACCAGGCUCAGCAUUCAUCAUGUGCAAAAAACAGAUGAAAUGUAGCGACCGUGUGUCAAAUGGCGGCCCGCUGUGCGAAAGGUGUGUGUGGCAACGCAUCGGGUCGACCGCCUACCUCAUGACCGAUGAUGUCCUCUCAAUGGCUGAAAUACCACAAAGGCUCAACUGGCAAGUCCACCACGGAAUCUUCCUGGCUCUUUUCUAACGGGUUAAUAAAGUUGUGGAUGACCUUAAACGCACCAACCAGGACACGAGCAGCCAGUGGUAAUGCAAGGUGGUUGGUCACCUGCCUUUAAUGGACAAAACAUCUUAGUGGUCACUGCUCACAAACUGUCUGAUGUGACCAUGCUUUUUAAAAAUGUUUUGUUAUGUGUGUUUUAUAUGUUGCUCGGUGAGAUAAGUGGAACUUCAUGUUGUAAUAUACUGUAUAGUUGACUUUGCUAGCCAAUAGCUCCCAGUGACACUCAGUAGAGGACUGAGAUUUUACCUGGAGAGCCCUUUGUUAUUGUGUAACACUAAGUUUACUGGAGCAGUGUUUUUGCUCCCAUUUAUUAAAAAAUAGAAAACUGCAAA